AUGACCGAUCUUCCCCAAAAUACAACAUCCAACGAGUGCCAAUGGUUGUCCCGUUCGAGAUUCCAAGAACUCUUAACAGAGUACCGAAACGACAUGGCGGAAUACCAACGUGCGAAGGCGUUUAUCAAUCAGGAUACGUAUAACGAUAUCAAGGCGAUCUUGCAGGGCAAUAAUCCUUCGCACCCACGUACUUCCAAAUUCCGUUCUUGGGUACGCACAAAUUACCAACUUCUGGAUAUGGGCAACGGCAUCUUUGUUGUGACACGCCUAGGUAAUACCGAUAAGGUUAUUGCGAUUGAGGAACAACUCUACGACACCAUCACUAGUGCCCAUGAAGCUUGUGGACAUGGUGGCAGAGAUGCUACGAAGUACAAGCUUAAGCGAUAUAUGAAUUACCCAAGGCGUUUUAUUCAGGUUGUUAUCAAUCAUUGUAGCACAUGUGCUGUUACCAGCAAGGGACGUACACCAGCAACAACAACCGCGGGAAAGGCAAUCCAUGCCAAUCAUUCAUGGCACAUGGACCUUAUUGAUUAUGGUGGUGCAAAAACCCCAAAUGGAAAACCACGCUAUAUUUUCCAUAUCAGGGAUCAUCGAACCAAAUUCACAUGGGCAUUUCCGCUUUUGAGAAAGGAAUCCAAAGUUGUGGGUCAAAAGCUUCACGAGUUGUUUUGUCAAGUUGGGCCCCCUGUGUUUCUUCAAAGCGACAAUGGAGGCGAAUUUAAGGCGGAGGACAUGAAAGCUGAGCUUAAGUCAAAAUGGCCAACCCUACGUUUCAUCCAUGGUCGACCACGCAAUCCACAAAGUCAAGGAGGGGUUGAGCGUGCAAACAGAACAUUGGAGGAAGUCUUGGAUGCAUGGGUUGACAACAAUCCAGAGGUGCAUUGGUCGGAAGGGCUUGGCAUGGCCGUAUACGCGGUGAAUACAAGGUAUACAAGAACAACCAAUACGACGCCUUAUCGCCUUGUUUUCGGCCAAGAUGAGACAUCAGCACAUCAUCAUUUGCAAGAGUACCUCAAGCACCUGAAUGAAGGGGAAGACAUCUUCUACAUCGAUGACCUCAAACAUCUUGGACUUGGUGAUGACGAACCUGCUGGCGAGGAUAACGAGGACUAUGAUAGCGAUCAAGCUAUGUACGCUGCCCUACAACGUCAUGAGGAGUUGGAUGAUGACAAUGAUCAAGAUUACACCAGCACCGAUAACCAUAACAAUGAACCAAUGGAAACUGAUUUUGCAUAUGGUAAGUCUUUAUUCACCUUGACAACCAAAGACGCCACAAGCUUUAACAUUACUUUUGAUAGAUUUUACUACUUUGGACGACCACGAAGAUCAUCAAGAGCAAAUGCGUAUACUCCCACAGCUGAUGACGACCAUGAUACCUCUUCUACACCGGAUCCAAAUCAUAGCUUUAACGCUAGCCACACCAACAACGGUGAUCGUGAACAUCUAGAUUCCAAUGACCUGACAGCACCGUUUAUCGAGUUACGCCCUCCUGCUGGCCAAGGUCUCAUGCGUAUACCUAUUGAGCACGUUGAUGAUUAUCGUGGGUUGUAUCCUGAGGGGAUGGCUGCAUCCGUUGAAUCAAUUUUUCGUGUGGACAAGGAUGGUAAUCAUCUCGAGGUGGAUAUUCACGAUUUGUUCGACGACGAUGAUGAAGACAUCUUUGGACCACCAUCAGGUAGAGGAAAUCAUGGUACAGAAAGCACCCAAGGUUCUAUUAUUACAGGAUCAUGCGAUGAUAUUGCCUCUCGUCACCAACCAAUCCUAAGUGCUGCAUCCAAGCAUUAUGAGAAAAGUGUGCAAGAUAUCCAAAAGCAGCUACUUGCAAGACAAAAAGAACCUCCUGUGUAUAAAAUUGGUGAUUACGUCGGCCUGUAUAUCGAUCCACGCGACCGCAACAAGCAGCAUCAAGAAUACUUUCCAUGUAUGGUAUACGACGUUUCCGUCAAAGACGAUGGUCAUCGUAUAUACAAGGUUCGCUGCAAGAAAGGACCGCUUGCCAAUGGAUACCAUGCAAGGGAGCUGAAGGAUUUCAGAGGAAUCGAUUUCAAAUCAUUGGAAGGCAUUCAAGCAACCACUGUGAAUGAUAACGAUCGAUUGUUGUCACUUCGAGAAGCUGUUCGGGUAUCUUCGGAGCCAUCAUCCCACCACGAGGCAGCCAAUAAUAGCCCCACCGACCAAGGGACCCUGUCUGAAGACGCUGCUCAACCCGAAUCAACAUCGAACAAAGUUAGCAAUGCAACAAGAAACCGCAACCGCAAGCGCAUAAACCGGCAAACAUCCCGUCGCAUUACACGAUCUCAAACAAAACGGCAAACACGGUCAUCGACGAGAAAAACAACAAGGAAGUAG